GGUUGCACAAGCCGGUUUUAGAAACUCUGGAACUCUAUUGCGUCAGGCGCCGAAUUUAGCUGCGAUGGAGCUCGUGACCCUGAUCCCACAUCGAUUGAGCUACGGCCCUGCUGGGAGUGCCGCCAGCGAUCAGGCUCGACUGGCGUUCGACGACAUCACAGCGCCCGAGUUCAGGCAAGGCUUCUACGAGGUUUGCCACUACCCCAGGAGUGCCCUCGGUGGCUGCGUUGGACCGCUGGCAAUCGACCAGACGCUGUGGUUCAGCCACGAACUCAACGAGCGGCUGAAGGAUGAGGGCAAGCUCGUCGUCGUCGAGUACAGGACCGAGGAUCGCCAGAACGUCGCCGUAGUCGUUGGCGCCUACCUCAUGCUCGGCCUCGCCAGUUCUGGAAGACCAAUUGCGAGUACGACGCGGCAUGGCUUGUGCCGGGUGCUGUCGUCGUCAUGGCAGAUCCGAUGACGACCAUCAAGGACCCGAACCAAAAAACGUGUCCCGCUUUCGGAGACGGCAGAUUGCAGGGCUCCGACGGCAAUUCGGAAACGUGCUCCCUGGACGAUCUCCGGCGAGAGUCCGUGUGCGCUUCCUGGCCCUCCAGUCCGAACGCCGCUUUCCUGGAGACGAAGGUCUUGGGUUUCACUCCAAAGACAGCCCCCAGCACCACUGAUGACCGGGACCCCGACGAGUUCCAGGACGGCCGGCGGGACUCUGCAUCGGUGCACACCGUGUGCAAGGUCUACGGCGCUGGGGACACUCUCGCCAGGAGCUGCGACCUGUGGCCAGGCGCCAGACCCUUUGUGGAUUUCCUGCGGGAGGAGGGCAUCAAGACGGUGGUGCGCGUCAACAUGUCGGACGAGCCGGGCUUGGCGGAGAUCGGAGGCAGCUACGACGCGGGGCUGCUAGCCGACGUCGGGAUCCAGCACGCGGACGUUCCCGUCAGCGACUCCAAGCACCCGAGCAGCAAGGGUGGUGUCCCCCCCCGCGCCACCAUCAAGCGCUUCUUCACGCUGACCAGGCACAUGACCGCCAAGGACGGCGGCGCUGUCCUCGUCCACUGCAAGGGCGGCUUCGGCAGGAGCGUGUUUCUGGCAUGCCUCCUCGUCAUUCACAAGUACAACGUCUCAGGCCGCGGUCUUCUCGGCUGGGCGCGCAUUGCCCGUCCAGGAGCCAUCACGACCCCAGAGCAGGAGUCCGUCCUGCGCUCUCUGUCUGGCCGAGCGGACCUGUGCAGGAGGUAUGGCAUCCCUUGCGAAGGCCCAGGCGACGCGUCGGCGGCGCAGGGCUGCUGCACGGUAAGCUGAGCUGGCGCGAGACGCUGGGCGCCGCAUGCUCUCGGCGUCAGAAUCAGUUGGGCGGCCAGCAGCGCGCCCGGCAGCGGCACGCCCAGAAUGCAAGAGCCCCGCCGCGUACGUGGCCGGGCUGCGCUCCGGCGCCGGGCGCCCCCCGGGCCCGCCUGCCCGGAGCCCGAAGGCUACUGGAGGUCCUGCUCGCGGCAUCCCUGUACCUGUGUGGCCCAUGCGGUCCCUGGUGCCCAAGCAAGCCAAGCCAUUUCGGCCCUCCCUUCGUCGCCGCCCUAUCACAAAGUUUCGGCAUCCGCGACAACUGUGGUUCAUAAUUCGGUGUCGGUCGUGCGUGUUCUCGCGACGCGCCUCCGGACAACCAUAAUGCACUUCCUUACCACCGGCUGGCAACGCGCGCUGCAUUUGCCCCCACAGUGACGCGGGCUCAUUUAAGUCAUUUGAGCUGGCUGCUGUCCAUACUGUGGUGCAACAGCGCACGGAGCUUGCCCGCGCUGGUGAGAGGAGCAGGUCGGCCCACGGUUCUCUUCUCUUCCUCUUCCUCUUCUCUUCCUCUUCUCUUCUCUUCUCUUCUCUUCUCUUCUCUUCUCUUCUCUUCUCUUCUCUUUUCUCCGUGACACUGUCGCAUGAGCCCCGAAGCGCAGCGGGCUUCGGAUUCCGCUGCGCUCAAUCUGAGCCAGACUGGAGCGCACUCUGUGCAGCCACUUCUGCCGCAGACAGAUGUGCAGCAACAGGCUAGUGCAGCGCAGUUGCUCAGAGGCGAUUUCGAAUUAUUGGUGGAGGUCUCGCGAGACCCAACAGACCGUCCAACCCCAGAUGUUGCGGGCUUCCUGUCCGCCUGGGCAACUUCAUAGUCGGCGACAGCUCAACUGAGUCUUCUUCUCUUCUCGUCCGCUCUCCGCCUGCGUCACUCCAUUGACCUGCUCAUCCCUGGUCCUCCUCCCCCUUCUGCAAGGAGAUUAUUGCCGCCGUCAGGCAGCCGCCAGGCUCCAAAGUGUGGAACACUGCGGAUCUGCGCUGCUCUGGCUGUCUCGACGUGCGGCGGCGCGCCUUGUCGUGGGGAUGCAGACAAUCCCAGGAUUCGAGUGGAAGAGGCAGGGCCAAGCGGCAGAAGAGAUCCAUGCACAGCGUGCGCUGCUUUGGCUCGACUAUCCUCCUGGUGCAAGGGCCGCCUCCUCCAAGAUGAGAGACGCGCUGGCAUCUGUGAGUCCUUCCCCCUCUCGAUCCCUCGUUCGAUCGCAAAGGCUGCGCGGCACGUUGUUGACGUCCCCUCUGGAGGCAGUUCUGUCCUUCGUUCUAGAGUGGCUAGGUAAGGAUCUGGGACUCUCUUGAGGACGCUCCGCCUCCUGGUGCAAGGACCGCUCCCAGGAUGGUGAGCUACGAGCGGAUGCGACGGCUGGGUGCGACGUCUCUACAACGUGGGAUCACGAAUGAAAUUUCGCAGUGGCCAUUGGCAUGUAGCUACGCCCUCUUCUGCGCGCCAAUCGGGACCGCCGUUUUCAGCCUGUGCCUUUCGCAGGUGCGUUGUUUUCCUUUGAUUUCCCAUCGCCGAGGCAAGACCCCCCCAUCCGCCCCUCUUCCGCAACGCCGAAUCAAGGAAGUGUAUUGGCAAAGCAACUUGCAGAAAGCUCGAGAAGGACCCGCCAUGAACGUGCCUCGAGCGUGGAUGCCCCGGAGCGCACUGCGAGGAGCCAGGGAGCAGUCUGCGCCAUCGCCGGGACCUCGGCCAAAAAGACCACCCGCGUCGAGGCUUGGCGUGUCCGAGGCCACCGCACACGCGAAUAAGAGAAUGCCGAGGCAGGGGGGAACCAACUGCCCAGAGGUCCUUAUCUAAACUUGUGAUGCUCC